AUGGUGUCCCAUAUUCUCUUUGAAUCAGCCUCUGGCUAUGCAAUCUUCGAGGUCAAGCUUUCUGAAGAUAUUGGCUCCAAGUCUCGCGAGAUGCAGGAGAGCAUCCAGGAUCUUGGAAAGUUUGGCAAGAUGGUCCAGCUGCAGAGCUUCUCGCCUUUCAAGAGCGCUGCUCAGGCUCUCGAGAACAUCAACGACGUCUCUGAAGGCGUCCUCAACGAAUACCUCCAAAACAUCCUCGAACUCAACCUUUCCAAGCCCUCCAAAAAAUCGAAAAUCCUUUUGGGUGUCUCCGACCCGCUCAUUGGCCAGUCUAUCAAGGCUGCCCUCGAAAUCAACUGCGACGCCUCUGAAAAGACGCAAGAUCUCAUUCGCGGCAUCCGUCUACACGCCUCCAAACUCCUCAAGGGCCUCCAAUCCGACGACCUUAAAAAAGCCCAACUCGGUCUCGGCCACUCUUAUUCUCGCGCCAAACUCAAGUUCAACGUCAACCGAAUCGACAACAUGAUCAUUCAGGCUAUCGCCCUCCUCGACCAGCUCGACAAGGACGUCAACUUGUUCUCGAUGAGGAUUCGCGAGUGGUAUGGCUACCACUUCCCAGAACUCGUCAAACUUGUGCCAGAUAACCACCAAUACGCCCAGGUGGCGCAGUUUAUUGGGGACAAGGAGUCGCUGGAUGAGAGUAAGUUGGAGGAGUUGGCUGCGUUGGUGGGCGAUGACUCGACGGUCGCUCAGAACAUCCUCGAUGCUGCCCGCGGAAGUAUGGGUUCCUCCCUGUCCGAAAUCGACAUGCUCAACAUCAACAUGUUCGCCACCCGUGUCGUCUCGCUCUCCGACUACAGGAAGAGCUUGAUCUCGUAUUUGUCGGAGAAGAUGAACCAGGUUGCGCCUAGCUUGACGGCGCUGUUGGGAGAGAGGAUUGGUGCGAGGUUGAUCAGUCAUGCGGGAAGCUUGACGAAUUUGAGCAAGUACCCCGCGAGUACUGUGCAGAUUUUGGGUGCAGAGAAGGCGUUGUUCAGGGCGUUGAAGACUAAGGGCAACACUCCCAAGUAUGGUCUCCUCUACCACUCGUCCUUCAUUGGACGGGCGCAGCCCAAGCACAAGGGUCGGAUAUCACGAUUCUUGGCCAACAAGUGCUCGAUUGCUUCAAGAAUAGAUUGCUACAGCGACAACCCAACACCCAAGUUCGGUGAAGCCCUCCGCGCCCAAGUCGAAGAACGCCUCAACUUCUUCGAGACCGGCGAGCCUCCAUCCAAGAACGCCGACGCCAUCCGCAAGGUCCUCGAGGAGCUCGCCCUCGACGUUGAUGAAGACGAAUCAGAGGAUGAGGAGGACGUCCAGAUGAAGGAUGCGUUCACGACUCUCGAAGCUGAGCCCUCGAAGAAGGAUAAGAAGGAGAAAGAGAAGAAAGAGAAGAAAGAGAAGAAGAAGAAGCGCAAGCUGGAGGAUGCUAUGGAUGUGGAUGAGGACAGUGAGAGUGAGGAGGAGCAGCCGGUGAAGAAGGUCAAGUUGUCGAAGGAAGAGAAGAAGGCACUGAAGAAGGCUAAGAAGGAGGAGAGGAAGAAGGAGAAGAAAGAGAAGGGGGCUGAGGGUGGGGAUGAGGAGUCGUCGAAAAAGAGCAAGAAGGAGAAGAAAGAGAAGAAGGAAAAGAAGGAAAAGAAGAGCAAGGCGUAA